AUGGGGAAAGUAUCGUUCUUUGAACUCUGGUACCUGGUACAUGCCAUGGAUGAAACAAACUUGAAUGCCCUACGGCACGCCCUCAUCGAUCUUAGUACUCCUGGGGUCGAUGAAGAACUAACCGCAGACAAGGCCUAUGACCUACUUUGUGACUGGAAGGAUGAAAAUAGAUUCCACAAUGAAGGAAUGAGGCUGAAGGAUGUAUUACAUGUAUAUGGACUUGACUGUUCCUGGAACGAGAUUUGUGAACGGAGAUAUGAUGUAAUGUCUGCGGUUUCUGAAGAACUGCUGGAUCAUGUUUUACGGAGCAUUGGUGAUAAAACAAAGAUUUGCCGAUUCCUUCGUGAACUGAUCCCCGAGAAACGUGAAACUCGACCCAAUGUCUCAGGAAAUAAAGGAGAGGUUAUUGAGGAAUGUAUGGUUGUCUUGAGGGAAUGGCGUGACAAAGAACACAAUGUAAGACAAGUCAUUCAACUAAGUUUGGCUCUAGAAAGAGCUAGGUGUAAGCCACUAGAAAGGACUUUCUUUCAGGUUCCUGAACAUCUUCUGAAGGCGAUAUCCCCACAAGAGGUAGAAGGGUUCGUCUACAGACUGACAGAAAGACAUUGCAAGAGGCUUGCUAAGGCCGUAGGAAUCACCGAUGAGAAUAGAAUCGCCACCAUCAUGGACGAAAACAAUGAAGAUCUUGUUCUCAUUCAGUCAAUGGUCAACGACUGGAUAGACGGACAGGAAUGCUGCAACUUCGAGAAGAGAUGCAGGCUUGAUGAUGCCACCAUUAAAAUUGGCCGCCAUGAUUUGACGGAUUCAUUUGGGACAACCAGCUUCCGGGUUGAAACAGGAGGUAUUUUUGAAAGACCACAUCCCAGAGCCGAGACUUUCAAUAGCAGCAGUAUAUUCGAUGACGAUCUGGCAUCUGUGCUGAAGCAUCUUCCUACAUGUGCGACACCGUUGUUUCUUGAGAAGCUAGGCAUUUCAGUUGACGAGCAAGGUGACGAUUUGAAGAAGCUGCGAUGUUGGAGAGACCAAAAUAUCAACGAAUCUAACAGACAUACCCUGCAGGACCUUGUUUUGAUUCAUAGUUAUGCAUUGAAGGAGACGAAUGACAGUCAUGGUAAUUGUCUAAAAAUAGAUAUAUUUGACGUGAGCGAUGAUGAACUUGAGAACCUGAUUGGAAGCAUGACCUCCAGGAAACAAGUGGAAGAACUUACCUCAAGACUCGGGAUAAAACUCGACAAGGAACAAUCACCUCUACUAAAGCUCAAAGAAUGGAGGAAUAAAUGUAAUGGAGACGAACGCCGUGAAACGCUGAGAAAAGCUCUCCAUGCUAUGGAAUUAUCAGGAUGCAUCGUUGACCACCUUCCUGCAAAACAUGUUGACCAAGCUGAGCUGGUACGUUUGGCAUGGACUUUGUUUUCUAUCGACGUUUGGCCAUUGGCAACGCUUCUUGAUAUAGACAUCAACAAAGGGAAAACGGUCGGAGAACCACAAAUGAGGGGAACUGUACAUCUUCUGAAUUUACUAUUGGAGAAGUCGAAGGGUCUUGAUGAGCAUCGCCGCCGUGAUUUCUGUGUUGCCAUUAGAAAUCUUGGUUACUUGGAUGUUGCUCGAUCAGGCUAUUUUGGUUAUGACGCGAGCCUCAGUGAACUUUGCAACAUGACGUCGGGAUUGUCGGAAGCAGAACUUGUAAAAUUUGUCGACCAUCUUGGAUUAGAGAAAGAUGUUCUUUCAAUCUGUCAAGGAACAACAGGAGCAUACGACAACCUCAAACUGAUGAAGGUCUGGAGAAACCAGCUUAGACUACAGCCACUUCACUUCAGAUUCGAGCUAGCUGUGGGUCUUCGUGCUGUUGGAAGAACCGAGAUUGCCAGUAAGAUUCUCGCCGGUAGGCAUCAUACUAAUGAAGUAGGUUCCAGCGUUGUCGAAAGCAUAUGCAACAUUCUAGAGAAUGAUAAAAUGAAAAGACUCCGUGAACACCUUAGACUGAAGACUCGGGAUGACCAGAGUCCUACAACGGUUACACCAACACUUAUGACGGAGUGGGUACGAAACUGGUUAGAAGAGUUUGAAAACAUUUCAGUGAUGAAAUUAUUCAUGGACAAGAUUAAGUGUCUAGAAAAUACUAGCGACAAUGAAUCUGAAGUCUAG